AUCUGCGCGGGUCGCCAAGCCUGCUUGAGCAGACCCACACGACAGUUCUCGUGGUGCGAUGGUGGCCACUCGCCGGACGAAGGCGGCGGCGUCGCCGAAGCCGCCCGGUCCCACGCGCGCGGCGUCGCCGACGCCGAACGCGGCGGUCCUCGCCGCCGCGGCCGCAGACGAUCCAUCGGUCGCCGACGGCGCCGCCGCCCCGGACGCCGCCGCCCCGGAGGAGCCGGACCGGACGCCCGGCAUGCUCGCGCUCUGGCGCGCGCUCUUCUACUCGCUCAUGUGCGCGCAGUGGUACCGGGGCCACAUCGCGCACUACGUCGUCGACUAUCCGCCGGAGGCCGGCGCGCGACUCGGCGCGGACGCGUUCUUCGCGUACGACCAGUGGGAGGGCCUCGUCGCGACGCUCCCGCGGACGGCCGCGGGCGUGCAGCGGCUCAAGGACGUCGGGCUCGCCUGCGGCGCCGCGGCGGCGGCCGGCGCCGCGUUCCCGGCGGCGGCGGCCGCGUUCUUCGCGCUCUUCGCGCGGCAGGCGCUCGCGCAGACGACGCGCUUCACGAACCACGACUACCUCUUCUCCCUGCUCCUCCUCCUCACGGCCGUCUCCGGCGCGGGCGGCGCCUGGUCCGUCGACGCCGCGUGCCGCCGCGUCGCGCCGCGCGCGUUCCCCGGCGCGGCCGCGUCGCCCGCGCGGCGCCGCGCGGCCGUCGUCGCGCUCCGCGCGCAGCUCGCCGUCGUCUACGUCUUCGCGUCGCUCUGGAAGACGCACCCGGACUGGGUCUCCGGCGCCUUGGUCCGGGGCAUCUUCCUCGGCUUCGAGGAGCAGGGCGUGCACCGCGGCGUGCCCUGGGCGGCCAUGGAGGCGACGCUCGGCCCGCGGCUCUUCGCCGCCGUCGCGUUGGGCGGGCUCCUGCUCGACGGGUCCAUGGCCGCCGCGCUCCUGUGCCUCCGGCCGACCCGCGAGAGCUUCGCGGCCUUAGCGGGGCUGAGCUGCGCGUUCCACGGCUUCACGUGCUUCACGAUGAGCCAGCGCAUCGGCUACGCGUUCCCCGGCGCCUGCGUCUGCGCCGUCGUCCUCUUCGCGCCCGUCGGCGGGCCGGGCGGCGACGCGCCGCUCCACGCGUGGCUCGCGCGCGCGGCGACGGGCUUCUCCGCGGGCGAGCCGCGCGCCGCCGCGGCCGCGCGGCCGGCGCGGCCGCUCCGGUGCCUCCUGCUCCUCUACGUGCUCCUCCAGGUGCUCGUCCCGCUGCGCAUGCCCCUCCUCCACGGCGCCGACUUCGCCAUGUCCGCGCGCGGCUACCGCUUCUCGUGGACGAUGAUGCUCCACGGCAAGGACCAGGGGGCCCGGGGCGCCAUGUCCUUCCUCAAGUUCGCCUACCUGGCGCCGAGCGUCGGCGGCCGGGCCCUGCCGCGGCGCGCCUACCUCGGGCCAAACCUGUUCCCGGGCGGGCCCGGCGACGACCGGGGCAGCAAAAGAGAGCGAAAUUCCCAACUUCAAAGGCUCCUUUCUCGGCCGUUUUCUACUCGUUUCGGCUGA